CAAAACCACUACUCUAGCUUGUCAUGUUAUGGCCUUUGUACGAGGAUAGACGUUUUUUUGGGGGGGUUCUCUCUGACGACUUUACUAUAACUACCAGCUGAUACACACCACCACCUUCAUGUCUGUGUCGUCACCAGCACCAUAAAACUUCUGCUGUCUUCUCUUCUGUUCUCUCUACCUUCUCCAAUCCUAUCAGAAACUCUCUUACCAACACAUCAUCUCAGCCAGUUUGACGUUUACUAUUAUUAUCAUACUUAUCCACUAACAGUCUGACACUAACAGCACCAAAACAACAACAGUUACAACAACGACAGGCAGUACAGCUAUAACCAUCAUAUCUCGUUUAAGGCUGUCCUUGUCCUAUUACUCUUAACGAAAAAGUGGGCGGAUCAUCACAGCUGGUUAGAAACAGUAGAAAUACGGUGGUUUGGAUUUUGGAAUUUUACCUUUCUUUCUUCCCGUCUCUCUAGCUUGAUGAGUGAAAGCAAGCAGUCUCUACAGUUAGCAUGACCGAUCUGAGAAGAAAGAUGGAGGAGAACUCGGUCACUUCUGGGCAAUCGGUUAUGGAUAUACCACUUGAUGAUGUUAAUCCUGUAACGUUCGAUGCACUGGAUCAUUCAAAGCGACAGGAAGAUGAUUUCCUGGUUGCUGCAACAUUGAUAAAUGAUGCCAAGUAUGCACGAAACAUGAAUUUCAGAAAAUCUUGCGUAAGAUCUUACAUAUUUUACUCACGUUGGCACCAACGAGGACUUCUUUAUCUAGCCUUGGUGUUGAACCUAUCAUUGUGUAUCUUUGAGAAACCAGCGGUUCCUGGCUUCGAAUUACCAUUUUGGGCUACAAGUCUACUAGAGUUGUUCUGUCUUGUUAUAUUUCUCAUUCGAAUCAUCCACACAGCAUAUUUUGAUGAAAUGGAGAAAUUCUGGAGAGAUACAAAGCACAUAGUCCUCAUUGUAAUAUUGGUGCUUACUAUUGUUGACAUGUUCAUCUACAGCAUGUGGAUUACUUUCGCACCAAUUGGAGCAGUACGGUGGUCUCGAGCCUUUCGGCCGUUUCUAAUCGUUAAUUUCCCAGAAGGUAGACAGAUGCGUCAAGCAUUUCGGAACAUACGCCGAGCCUUACCUGAGGUGUUCAACAUCUUUAUUCUCUUCACCCUUACACUCUGUCUCUUCAGUCUUUUAGCGCUGAAACUUUACGCUCACAGACAUUUGCAUUUUCCCGAUGGAACCCCGUAUUUUACGAAUUAUAUCGAAAGUAUCUGGCAAUUAUAUGUCUUGGUGACGACAGCCAAUAACCCUGAUGUUAUGAUGCCAGCCUAUGAUUUCAGUAACUGGGAGGCACUAUUCUUCAUCAUAGUUCUACUUGUCCUUCUUUACAUCUUCAUGAGUAUUGUCCUUGCUGCUAUCUACAACAGUUACCGGGACAAUCUUAAGGUAAUUGUCACAAUUUGUUUAAAUAUAUGCAAUCAACUGAGCCAAUUUUUAAAAGUUGCCGAUCUGCUUCAGCUUCCGUUGACAGAGGUGAAAGAUAGAAUGUCAUUUAUGGAGACCCAUUGUCCGACAAUAUACAACAGUUACAUCAGUAAGGUUAUUAAGGUGGCUGUAAGACACAGAUUUUUCCGUUGGUUUUUUGAUGCAUUGAUUUUCAUUAAUGCUUGGAUAAUUGGGUUUGAUAUUGACGAAGCUGAUUGGUUUUUCUUAUCUAUAUUUAUGUUUGAAAUUUUGUUGAAACUCUACGUAUUUGGAGUAAAGAAAUUCUUCCGACUAUUCUGGAAUAUAUUUGACUUCUUCGUCAUCGUUGGUGCUUUGUGCUUCACAAUAUACGACUUCAUAGAAUCUGAAGAACAAAAUAAUUCCUAUAUUUUGGAUUUAUUUUUGGUAAUGAGAGUCCUGCGGCUUUUCAAGACUUUUGCUAACAUUAAAAGGUUCCGGUUGGUGAUCAUGACAAUAGUUAAUAUAGCCCCGUCUAUGAGUACCUACGGAAUGAUUAUGCUUAUUUUCUACUACACUUUCGCCAUUAUUGGGAUGGAAGUAUUUCACGGUCUCAUCAGAUUCCACAGCUACAACGAAACUUACACAGAGCAAAAUAACAUAAGCUUCUGCGGCAACAUAAAACUGAAACAUUCUGAUUUUUAUAAUGAACAUUACUGCAGUAACAACUUCAACCACAUUUUCAAGUCACUCGUAGUUCUUGUUGAACUCACAGUGGUCAACCAGUGGCAUAUUCUGACAUCAGGCUUUGUGCUGGUUACAAACAAAUUUGCACGACUCUAUUUUCUGGCUUUUCACAUUUGCUGCGUCGUCAUCAUCUUGAAUAUCUUUAUAGCUUUUGUCAUCGAAGCCUUUAUAUUGGAAUAUACUUUGAGCAAACAACGUAAACGAGAGACUGACAUUGAAGUAAUCAUCAAAGAACUCGGUUAUAAAACUGGAGUAUAUCAACCUUCGAAGAAAACAAAACUUUCGAAAAGUCCAGAUAAAGAAGGCUUUGCAGAUAAGGAGGAACAAGGCGCUGCAUCUGACAACACGGAUACAGGUUCAGACACAAACAGCAUUGAAGAUGUUUCACUACAGAAAGGAUUUCGAUUUCAUUUAAAGAAGCAUGGCCGUAAAAGUAUGCGAAUCAUUCUACAGCAAAUGUUUGAAGAAGAGAUUAAUGAAUCAACCGGCAGAAAAUUGACUCUGGAUUCCGUAAUGUGACAUCAGUCUUCCGUAGCCAACUAAUCAGCUAACGCCAAAAAUUACGUCCUCUGCCAACAUGAUCUAGAAACCAUAAUCAGAAUUUCACUUUUUUUGUUAUUGUUUUCCUUUCUUGGAUAAUUCACCAAAAUCGCUUACUAUCCAAAUGUUCGACCACAUUGAACUAUUCAAACGUUCGCUUGUUCGUUGGUUAAUUAUAUACCAGAUGACGAGUCUCUCUAGGCUUGUCCUCUCAACUAUGAGACUGGUUUAAAAGUGGCCGCUACGGGCACCAGAAGUUAUUGACGAAUGUUGUUAAUGUUUUAGGGGGUUGUGUGUUCGUAUCUUCCCUUUGUUUAGAAUUAUUUAAAUUGUGAGAGACCACAUAGCUUUAGUUCUCUUAAGGAGUGAAUCAUGCUUGGGUGUUUGAUAGCUAACCACAAGGGUCGUUUACCCGGUAAAUAUAACAGCAGUCUCUCCUUGAAAUCACAGUAAUCGUUUUGGAAAAAAAAAAAAGAUACAUUAGUUAAUGUAGUCUUAGAUAUACCAACAAAAAUAAAUGGAAUGCUCAUGGCUCGAACGUCUUUGAUAAUAGACCUGGUUGAUCGGAACUGACCUAUAAUUAAACAAUAACAACGUCGUUUAUCACUGGUCACCUCGAUCUGAACCGAUCAACCUGGGGCUAAAAAGCGUCAAUUAAUUGAUUAAACAUGACACAUUAGGAAAGAAAAACUAAAUAUUUUAUUUAUUUCAAACAAAGACAAAAUAAGCAUUCAAGGCUGGACAUUUCAUAAAUGUAUUUGUUGACAGGAACAGUAUUGCUUCAGACAUUAUGUUAAACAAUAUGGUGUCAUUUUUUUCACAUUCCAAGUUCUUAACGACAGGAUAAAUUGAUAUUCAGUAACAUAUUAGAUAUGGUAUUUAUAAUUCUAUAUAUAUACAUACAUUACAUACGAGGUGGGGUGCUGAAAAAUUCCUGGCUUUGGGUAAAACAAAAUACAAGAGGAUCAGUUAAUUGUAAUUUUAUUCAACAUAUUUCCCUCUCAGAUUCACACACUUAUUGCAGCGUACCUUCAGUUUUCCUAAGCUCUGUAAAAGAACUAGGAAUGUCGGGCCUCCAACGCGGCAUUUCGCGAUACCGUUCACUGAUGUAGACAUCAUAAUUUUCUAUGGCUUAACAAAAAGGAAAUCAGUAUCUCCCACUUUUACAGAGCUUUCGUGAGUAAUGGAGAAAGGGGUGAAAGACAAACGCCAUGUCUGGUGUAUUUCUGUUGUACGUGGCAACACAGUCCAUGACUUAUAAUUAUAUGUAAAAAUAAAUAAAUAAAAUUAAGACCUGCUUCACCACAAUUACUCGGUAGUUAAUGAGAAUAUCAAGAGACGCUUCCUCCAAUGACAUUGGAAUCUCAUUCUGUUUCUUUGAAAUAAUUAAGAUGAUCAUAUUUUCCUCAGGUGAAACCUGGUAUGACUGUUUGCCAUUCACUAAAAGCACCUGAGGAUCAGGUGAUGAUAUUAAAAUAGGCAAUGGAUUAAGUUUACCGUCUAAUUCCAUAGUUUCGUUCUCAUAAGUCUUGGAUCUAUCCGAUGGUAUUAGAGAAGAUGGUUUUUAAAGAUGCCGCGUGGUGCGAUCUAACCAAGAACCACGAAAAUGCAAAGCGAACUUCUUAACCAUGCCGUUUAUGCCUGCUUCAUUGGUACAAACGUAGGUGCAAGCAUAAUGCUAUACUGAUAGUGUCCUGGUAUGUAAUACAUAGGCAUUGUCUAAUGUUGUCUCCUCGGCUAUUCUUUUCCAUGCGUGAUUAUAUUUUUGCCUGCUCUUCCUGUACUUGGUCUUUCUUCAGAAUAAUCCAGCUAUCUAAACGUAUAAAUAUACUUUGGUUUAAUGAAAUAAUUUUAUACAUGGCAUUCCAGUAUGGCCAUAUCCCGGUAAUCUGAACCUGUGUAUGCGGAAAUGAAUUCGUCAAUUAUCUGACUGAUAAUUUGCUUCUCAGUUUUCAGCUGAAUUUUUCUGAAUCUUACAAGCUCUCAGUAAGCAUUAACAAGCGGAAGAGUUCUCAAGUUUUCAAAUUGACUCUGGUACAGUAUUCAACUAAAGACAAGAUGUUUAUUUCUCACUGAUUCAGUUAGCCAAUCUUUGAAUAGAUAUAUUUGUAAAUAACUAGGGUGCUGCAUGAUUAACGAGAAUUCUCGAGGCCGUUACAUAGACGCUCAUACUACAACAUUUUUGAACAAAUUCUGUCAACGAUACGUCUUUGUGAGACAGUAUAACUGAAUAAAUAAAAGCACAGCCUUUCCACAUCUAUUCACAUUAAAAAUAUCUCCGAAAUCUAUACAAUUCUACACACUCUAAACCUAAUUCUCCAAAAGUAACUUCGAAGUUCUUGACUGUAUCUAUACCAUUUCAUUGACGAACAAAAUAUUUCGUAAUUGAAACAAUAAAAUAUAAAACACUU